CGGAGUAAACAAAAUUUGAUCAUUCUUUUUUUAAUUACAUCCAUUCCCAAAACAACUUAAGUUACUGAAAUUACGAUACGUACAAACUGUACAAACUUUCUAAGAAAUUAUUUCAAAAUGCAAGUUACCGCUGUCUCCAACAAUUUUAAUUUAGAAGAUGUUGAGGCAGUCACUAUGCCAGCUACCCAUCCUUCUGCUUAUUGUCGAUUGUGCUUUUCUAUUACAAAUCUGGGACCUAUUUUCGGUAAUAAUUCGAUGGCUUCUUACAAAGUAGUAGAACUUAUAAAACAACUUACUACCAUUGAAUUGCACCCACAAGGCGACGCUAUGAGCGCAAUCUGUAGACCAUGUUCCGAUAAACUAGACGAGUUUGGUAAUUUCCGAAACCAAUGCCUCAUUUUUGAUGAGGUUAUUUCACGUCAUACGAAACAAUCACUUCGCCAUGACUUUAACACUAAUGCAACGCCACUUGUAUUGUCGGUUUCAACUGAAGUACAACCUCAAUAUCAACUGGCGAUUGGUAAUGUGACGUCUCUAGCAGCAUCCGCAGAAGACACUCGUGGGUUUGAAAUAGUGGAGUUGACCGACACGGCGGAGGAAAACAACUACAACGAUUUGACUCUAGAUAACUAUAACAAAUACGAGCAAGGUACUGAAAAUACACAACAGCUAGAGAUGGAAUCGUCCUUCGAACCCAACAAUGAUAAUCGUGCUGGGUAUGAAUAUGAAAAUUACACUUUCGACGGAAAAUUGUAUUGGAAAUGUACGCAAUGCGACGCGUUAAUGAUCCACAAGAAUAGUGUCACCCGGCACAUAAGCAAGAUUCAUAUUCCUGGGGCAGAAUUUCCACGCAUGAAGUGCGUAGAGAGAGACUGUAAUGCCACUUUCGUGGAAAUUGGCGGUCUCAAACGUCACGUCAAACUGGUUCACGGAAGGGAUAUUAGAGCUAUGAACAGAGUGCUUUGAAAAGAAAUGUCAAAGAAUGGGAUCCACGAUAACGCUCUAGAUUUCGGAAUGUGUCGUAAAAACCGGACAUAAUUUGUGUAAAGCACAUUUGUUUAAAAGUUAAGCUUAUACCAAAAAAACAUUGAUGAAAAAGAUUGAUUUUUUACCAUUUAGAUGUUAAUGGAAGACAGCUUGAUAUCAAUUAAAAGCUUUUGAUUAAAUAACCGACACAGCUUAGUGGUAAACAUAAAUACGUGUUGUAAAAUACCCCUUCAGUAAGCAAGUGAUCAAUGAGUCAAUAACUGAACCAGUCCUCGAUUUUCAAAAUAACAGAACAAAAUGAAUUGUGAUGAACUUAACGGUUUCAUAGAGUUAAACUUAACUAAUGGAUUACGAAAUGAGAUUAAUGAUGAUUAAAAAAAGGUAGACAUCUUUUCGUCAACCUGAAGUUUCAUCCACGUUUUCCACUAUUAAUUUGAGUUAUAAGAUAACUGAGAAAAAAGACAAGAAUGCUGCUCUACUGGCUAGAGAUUGGUAAAUUCAUUCAAAUAUUUCAAAAACACUUAUUUUAAAUUGUAAGAACAAUAUAGGAAAAAGUGGAACAAAACAGCUAAAUCUACUAACCACUACUUUUGUUUAAAAUCCGUUAUAAAAAAAAAUGUAAACUCUUAAACACCAUUACAAUAAAAAUGUCAACUCUGAGCUACUUUGUGCUACGAAAUAAUUAUGAAAAAAUAAACAACAAUAAUCUGGUAGGUACUUACACUCUGAUUAACCGAUUUACUACUGGAACUGGAACUUCGAGACAGCUCAUACAGCGAGGGACAGUGUCGCCCGAACGCACAACACAGCAUAGCAGCCGUUUGGAUGUCGAAAAUUUUGGCAAAGUGACUGAUUCUGGAAAAGAUGGAAUGAUUGCAGUUAGUUUGGUUUUAUUUAGGAAUAAUACUAUAAAAAAUCCUUACAAAGACUCCAGCAAACUUUUGGCGAAUGGAUUUUGGGAACACAUCAUAUCGUCAUCGGUUUCGAAGUCGGUACCGGGUUGGGCAAUCAUCUCCGCCAGGGACCAACACUGGACCAGAUCCGGGCGCCCCGUUUUCUCAGCCACUUCUCUGUUGUGCCGACACAUUCCGGCCAGAUUUGUGGUAUUGAUGAUGUAGUUUUCCGCCAGCUCCUUGCUCACGU